AUGAAAAAUAAAACCCUAUUGACUGAGUUCAUCCUUCUGGGUCUCACAGAUGCCCCUGAACUUCAGGUGGUCGUUUUCACAUUUCUCUUCCUAACCUACUUUUUCAGCAUCGUUGGAAACCUAACCAUCCUCAUGCUCACCUUCCUAGACUCCCACCUUCAGACACCCAUGUACUUCUUUCUCCGGAACUUCUCCUUUUUGGAAAUCUCCUUCAUAAAUAUCUUCAUUCCCAGGGUCCUCAUCAGCAUCACCACAGGGAACAAGAGCAUCAGCUUUGCUGGCUGCUUCGCUCAGUAUUUCUUUGCAAUAUUCCUUGGAGCAACAGAGUUUUAUCUUCUGGCUGCCAUGUCCUAUGAUCGCUACGUGGCCAUCUGCAAGCCCCUGCAUUACACAGUUAUCAUGAGCAGCCGAGUCUGCACUAACCUGGUUCUCUGCUCUUGGCUUGGUGGGUUAGUAGCUAUUAUGCCACCAAUCACUCUGAUGAGUCAGCAGGACUUCUGUGCAUCCAACAGGCUGAACCACUAUUUCUGUGACUUUGAGCCUCUUCGAGAGGUCUCCUGCUCAGACACAAGUCUCGUAGAGAAAGUCGUCUUCCUUGUGUCAUCCGUGACUCUAUUAAUCACCCUGGUGCUGGUGAGUCUCUCCUACACAGCUAUCCUCAGGACCAUUCUGAAGAUCCCCUCAGCCCAGCAAAGGUCAAAAGCGUUUUCCACGUGUUCUUCUCACAUGAUUGUCAUCUCCAUCUCGUAUGGAAGCUGCAUCUUCAUGUACGUUAAACCCUCCACAAAAGAAAACAACAGCACAUUCAACAAAGGAGUGGCUGUACUCAUCACUUCUGUUGCCCCUUUGCUGAAUCCCUUCAUUUACACCUUAAGGAACCAACAGGUUAAACAAGCUUUCAAGGAUACCGUCAAGAAACUUGUAAAUCUUUAA